CUGGUAAAUGCUUCUUUCCCCUUUUCCUAUAAAUCGUUAUAACUAAAAUCUACCACCGCGAGCGAUAGCGCCGACCAUCACCCACUCCAUCCCUCCUCCGCCCUCACUGGUAUCUCACUAUUCAUCGUCGGAAUUGCGAGUAACCUACGAACGAUUGAACGGUUUUGAGGCUUGGCAGUGUAGAGAGCAGCUUGAAAUCGGAAAUAGAAGAUGUCAAAGUACGGCUUGCAACUUAGAGUUAAGCCACAGCAGAAACAGCCUGCGAGGCCCCCGCCUCCAAAGGUGCUCGGCUUUGAUGACGACGACGAUGAUGAUAAUGUUGAGAGGGACAUUUUGCGUCAAGCCUACAAGAAAAAAACUCACAAAGAUGUUGAAGAGCAGCAUAAGAAGGUUCUUGAAGAAGACCCUUUGGCGUUUGACUAUGAUGGCGUAUAUGAUCAAAUGAAGGAAAAGCAAGUUCGUCCCAAAGUGGAAGAUCGACAAGAUAGAAAGCCAAGAUAUAUUCAAGGACUGAUAGACAAAGCAAAACAACGAGAGAGAGAACAUGAGAUCAUUUAUGAGAGAAAACUUGCCAAAGAGAGAAGCCAAGACGAACAUCUCUAUGCAGAUAAAGAUAAGUUCGUUACUAGUGCUUACAAGAAGAAGCUGGCAGAGCAAGCCAAGUGGAUAGAGGAAGAGCGGCUUCGUGAGUUGCGUGAGCAGAAGGAUGAUGUUACCAGGAAGGCUGACCUCAGUGAUUUUUAUUUCAACCUAUCCAAAAACGUAGCAUUUGGUUCUGAAGAUGCCGACAAGGGGAAAUCUAAAAAGCAUCCCGAUGAAAUGGCGGUUCAGCCAACACGUCAGGUCUCUCCUGCGACAGCUGGUACUAGUUCGGAUUCUUCAAGGAUGGCGAAGACUCGUCAGGAUGAGAUUGCCGCGCAUCAUUCUCCCAAUGACAAGCUUCAUUCUUCCAUUCGAGAUCAGGUUGCAGAUGAACAAUCAGCUCGUAACCUACCAAGACCCGACAGUCAGAAAAGAAGUGAGGAUGUGGCAUCUGCUGCAGGAGACCAACAGGGACCCGACAACAAUAAAGGAAAUGAGGAAGCAGCAGCACCUGCAGCGAAAGACCAUCACAAGAGAAGCCAGGAUGCACUGGCUGCAGCAAAGGAGCGGUUUUUGGCCAGAAAGAAAGCGAAAACACAAACAACUUUGUGAUAACAUAUGUGCAUCAGCCUUUUCAGCUUGUAUCACUGUGUGAUAACAUAUGCAUCAGCAUUUAUUUCUCUGUGUCCCAAAGCGUCAUUGUUGAAGUCAGCAGAUGGAUGUAGAAACUGCUGCUUUGGUGUAAUGGUAGCGAGUGGAACAAACACUCAGGUACGCACACACAUGGUUGGAGUCUGGUUGGCAUAUCUGCCUGCCAAUCUCAUAUGUAAACGAAAAAUUCUUCACAUGUUCCAUUGCUGUGUGCCCAUGUGGUUUGUUGCCCACUUUAGUUCCAUGCUGCUCAAUGUGGAAGUUGGGUAGGGCAGACAUAUCGUUGUCGUGAUGAAUAUCAUGAAUUAUUGCUUGUUAUGCAACCUCAUUUCUCCCACUUUAGGUACUACUA